AUGCCGGCCCAAACUCCAAACAUCUUCUUUCCACCAAACUAUAAACCCGGAGAGUUACUACCGUUGUAUUUGAACAUACACGGCGGUGGGUUUGCGGUUUGCGACCCCCAAAACGAUGACGAGUUCUGUGUCAUGUGGGCAAAGCGCACGGGAAUGUUGAUUGUAUCUCUCGACUACUCCAAAGCGCCCCUUUACCCGUUCCCAGUAGCUGUUUACGAUGUCGCUGCCCUCGCCAACGCUGUGCUCGCCGAUACAAGCCUACCCAUUGACAAGACCCGAGUCGUGAUCGGCGGUUUCAGUGCAGGCAGCAACUUGGCGCUUUGUGCAAGCCAGCUGCCAGGUUUAAAUGGUCAUAUCAAGGCCGCCUUGACGUUCUACCCGAUAGUAGAUUGGGGUCAUCCUCCGAAUGAGAAGUUAGAAAUGCGUGCUUAUAAAGGGGGCCCAAAAGACCACUUAGAAGUCCCGAGCUACUGGUUUGACUGGGGAUACGUUGCUCCGGGUCAAAACCGUCGGGAUCCCUUACUCAGUCCUUGCUAUGCUAGGAAACAGGACCUCCCGCCUUGGAUCUAUAUUAUUGGGGCACAAUGGGAUAUGCUGAGGCUGGAAAGCCAGGACAUGAUUCACGACCUUGCGGGGUUAAAGUAUUUGGAAGAUCAGGAAGCAGACUUUGAGAAUGGCACAAAAUCACCACAGAAGAAGAAGAAGAGGGAGGGAAAAUGCGAACCUAUUUACGAGGAGGCACAUGCGUGGUUAAAGAAAGCUUUGGCGAAAGAGGAUUGUGAGAUACCGCCCAGAAUAGCGCCUGAAACGUUUUUAAGAAAAUAUUCACUGGUUUCCUCAGAGCUGUAG